GUCGUUAUUUCUAGACCUCCCGAACGAGGGUCAGAUUAAUUAAAAAAUUGCCUUUUUUGAAUUUAUGGAAAAACAAAUCGAGUUAUUCUGAAUGUUGGAUCAUAAAAUUGUUGCUCAAUAAUCUCACACCCCAAAUCUUGUCGCAAAUUUGCACUCUACUUCUCUGGCGCCAUCUCUCGUUAUUUCUAUCUGCCACCAGGCUGUCAAAAGCAACAGUCUUUUCAGUUGGGUUCAAUGCCAAAGGAUAAAAAAUCUAAGCAAAAAAAGGAAGGAAGUAGUGGACAAGAAGUAGAAAUCGUCAUUAAAAGAAAGAAUUCGAUUGUGGAUUCAAGUGGAGGCUCGUCUUCUUCAUCUUCCGAAACAUCAGGAAGCUCAUCGGAUCAAUCAUCGCAAUCUGGAGAUAGCGACGGAUCCAUUGGAUUUGAACACGAGAAAGGUACAAUGACUGGCGGUGAUAAUGUACAAGGGAGCAGCAGCAGCCACCCCGAUUUGGGAAAUAAUUGCUCCGUGAGAAUUAGAGAUAGAACAGAAGAAAUGCGGAAAUUGAUGGAUGAAAAUGCAAAGAACAGACCGGUGCGAAUUGUCGACAAUGUACAUGGUGUUCCAAUCACAGAAUUCACUCACAUAGUUCCUAUCUCGGAUCAAGAAAGAGAUGAUGGUCCAUCAACUUCUGGAAGCUAUCCGAAUAGAGAACCUGCUCAGCCGUCGUGUAGCAGUUCAAAACAAAAUGGAAAGACUGCGAAGAACAACUUCAAACAAAAACAAUUGACAAAGAAACAAAGAAAAGAGCUCGAAAGGAAAGAAUUCGAGAUUUCCGGAGCACCAGCGCCAAUCUAUCCAGGUCAAAAAGAACGCACGAAAAAUCCGAUAGAAUAUGUUGUUGAAAAAGAGCGAAAUAAUCUUCAUGUUCAUCACUUCAAUGAAUGGUCCGGUGAUAAUGUUCGAGAUGGAGAAAUGGUGGUUCGAGGAACGAAUGCAGCUGCUCAAAGUAUGCUCGGACAGGAUACGGUAGCCAUUCCGUAUUUGCGCCAUGAAGAUGAACUUGGUCCUCCAAUGCAUUACACUGAUCUACAUAAAAAUUCUCAAAUGAGAUAUUUACGGAACGUUAAUACAAUUGGAAAUUACACCGGCCUUCCAGCUGCACUGAAACCACUUCAUCGGAUGGGAUACGGUAUAGCAGCAUCGGGAAUUCCAGAUCCAGAGCCUCACACCUUGACGAUUAAUGGUGCAAAACCAUUUAUGAAGUACCAAUACACAGAUUACGUGAAAUCUGGAGCAAAAAUAAUCAAUUGGCGGAGUGAUUUUGUUUCCAAUGCAGACAUGGAUCAAACUUCUCAAGAUGAAACCUAUGUUGCCAUUAUGAUGGAUCACAAGAAAGCCCUUGAAAAUAUGAUCGAAAAUACGGAUGAUGAAUUUCAAAAGAAUAUGAUUAUUGCACUGAGAGAUCUCGAUUUGCGACAAGUUCUUCUUCGAUUUGGAGAAAUUGAACGAAUCAUCGUUCGUCGGAAACAAAACUAUGUAUUCAGUGAUUGUUUUCCACGAUUCGAUUCUCUUUCUCGUCAAGCUCGUAUCACAUAUGUUGUGACCCAAACUCUUGACUGGAGCACUAAUUUAUUUCUCGAAAAGUUUGAAGACGAUGUGACUGAGGAACGUGCCUGCUCAAUUUUAAUGCAUCUUGCCUCAACAUGUCCUGGAGAGAAACCAUGUUACGAAGACAAGCAUCGGAAAUGCUCAAUACUUCACUUCUUGAUACAUACGACCGCCAACAAGAAUAUACAUUUGAGUCACAAAUUUUCUGGUGGAAAUACACUUCUUCAUUUCGCUGCAAUGACAGGUUCACCGUGCCAAGUCGAUGUUCUUCUGCGUAACGGAGCUCCACUAAAUGAGCUGAAUGAUCUUCAUAAAUCUCCAGUUGCAUUAGCUAUCCGAAGACACACUAGUCUGAUUGCUCGACAAUUGAUGUGGCAUGGAGCUGAUAUUGGAGGAUCGUUGUCACUGAAUCAUGUUCAGCCAAGAACACCUCGACAGGCAGCGAACAAAGAGCUCUCCGAAUAUCAUGAUUAUCAAGCAAAAAGCAUUUCGUACAAAGCACGAGAAUUUAUCAAUCAACGUUUGAGGGCUCUGAACAACUCGUUUGUUUCAUGGGUUGAAGCCAUUAUUAUUGACGCCGAUGGACGAGUCAAGCUGGGUGUACAUUCUGUAAAAUCAGGUCUUCAUCAAGUUCGCAUCGGACAAGACAUUCUAGAUAGAUUGGUGGUUGUACAAAAUCGUACAUUUGUUAAGAAAUCAUUCCAAAUGGUGAUCGAGAGAAGUGAAUUCGAAGAAGAGCCAGUGGUUCUCUUCCUCAUACCUUGUCAAUACAAUCGAUUUGACACUACAAUGCCUGCCAAUUUCCCACAUAUUGUUCGAGUUCCGAUGGUUACUGAUGCUCUUGCAACUGCUGAAAGAAUUGCUGCGAAAGAGAAGAAGCGUAUUGCAAGUGGAGGUGUUCGUGUUGAAUACAAAGAUGAUUUAAAAGGCUGCCGACCGAUUAAACUACUUGGAGAAUCUGUUUCAAUUAGCUUUGGAGACGGAAACGUCGAUCGCCGAGAAAUUCUGGAACCAUUCUUCUCAUUUGAACAUAAUGGAAUCAUAUAUGCUUACAAUUUGCCUCCAAUUAUUUCAAAUAAUUUAGAGACAAAGUCCAAGCAAGUGAAUGUCACGGUGAAUCUCACGAUUCCGGAAACUGAAGGAAAUCGAUUCAAAGAUUGUUUCUUCAUGGUUCAAGCUGUUCAAAUUGUUGUUCGGGAACAACCACAGCCGAUUAAUCCGGCUUUCGAAAGUUCUCCCAAUUCUUUUAACUUGAGACCAAGGGAUCCGAGAACUGAUAUGAUAGCCGAGAAAGUCGCUAGAAUGAGAACCGAGAAGGUGAUCGAAGAAGCGGCACGACGAAAUGAAGUGGAAAUGAGAGAUAAUCGAGUUCGUGGGAUAGUUGCUGAUAUUGAGUCAGCUAUAGCCUUGAAAAAGAGUAAAUCGGUUCGAGGCGAAGCAACAACAUCUGUGUCUUCUUCUAAUUCGGCUUCAUCCAGUUCGCAGGUGUAUGUGAAGGACAAGACUGUUGUACACCGCUUCCCAUCAAAUUCUAUGAAAGAUUUUGACAAGCCUCCGGUAUCUUCAAACAAAACGAAAACUGAUUGAUCUAUCAUAUAAACGAUGUCAUUAAAAACGGAUUUCUUAUUUAUCAUCAUCAAUCAUCCAAAUGGUUCAAUCACUUUUGCUCCACAAGUAUUCAAUUUCUAAAACCUUCGUUCAAUUUUUAAUUAUUUUCGUAUUAUUGUUAUUCCGCGCUUCAUGCACCUCGUUCUUGUGUAAUUAUCAACUACUUUUUAAUCUUUUUACUGUAAGAACAGCCUAUCCUUUCAAUAUAAUCAUAUCGUUUUUGCCAAGUUUUCCGCAACCAACAAAUUUUCGUGUCGAGAUCUUUUCUCAAUGUUUUCCCCGUGUUAAGCUCUCUUCCUGUUUUCAUUCGGGCCUAUUUCUUUUCUCUCAAUUUCCAUUUCUCUCUCUUUAAACUUGCCCCAAACAUCCCAUAACUCUUCUGGUUCAAUUAAGAACGUCUAAGUCUCAAUCUACACUCCGUUAUUUCCUAGUAAUAGUUUAACCUUUUUUCCCAGUUCACUUUUUUUAAAUUAAAAUCAAUCCGGCUAUCCCUUUGUAUUGUGUCCCCGUUCAUUAUCUUUUGCCGUUGCAUAUAUACCCACUUUCCUGUGAACACCAUCAAACCAGUUCAAGCUCCACCCGUUUGCCGACUCCGCUCCAAUUUUCAUUUCUCUUUUCAAUUUAUAUUUCAUUUCAUACUUUUGUGUAUGUAUUGAGUCUUGAGACCUUUCUGGAGAGUUUUAGACUAUUAAAUUAUAAACGCGUCUUAAAUUGCA